AUGGAUAGGUAUAAUGUUAAUCUCAUUGCAUAUCAUAAACUUGUGUUGGCACUGGGUCAGGCUUCAGUGGAAUUCACUGGGUCAGCCUUCAGUGGAAUUCACUGGUUCAGGCUUCAGUGGAAUUCACUAGUUCAGGCUUCAGUGGAAUUCACUGGUUCAGGCUUCAGUGGAAUUCACUGGUUCAGACUUCAGUGGAAUUCACUGGGUGCCUGUCUACUAGAGACAGACUUAGCAGGUUUAGGUUUGUUUGGAUCUGUCAUCAUAGAAGAUGGUGAUAGUACAGUUUUUACUGGUCCGACAGACAAUCCUAGGUCAGGCUCUAAACCUUCCUCAUCCACAACAGAUAGUCCUAGGCCAGACUCUAAACCUUUCUCAUCCACAACAGAUAGUCCUAGGUCAGACUCUAAACCUUCCUCAUCCACAACAGACAAUCCUAGGUCAGACUCUAAACCUUCCUCAUCCACAACAGAUAGUCCUAGGUCAGACUCUAAACCUUCCUCAUCCACAACAGACAAUCCUAGGUCAGACUCUAAACCUUCCUCAUCCACAACAGAUAGUCCUAGGCCAGACUCUAAACCUUCCUUAUCCACAACAGAUAGUCCUAGGUCAGACUCUAAACCUUCCUCAUCCACAACAGACUAUCCUAGAUCAGGCUCUAAACCUUCCUCAUCCACAACAGAUAGUCCUAGGUCAGACUCUAAACCUUCCUCAUCCACAACAGACUAUCCUAGGUCAGACUCUAAACCUUCCUCAUCCACAACAGAUAGUCCUAGGUCAGACUCUAAACCUUCCUCAUCCACAACAGACUAUCCUAGGUCAGACUCUAAACCUUCCUCAUCCACAACAGAUAGUCCUAGGUCAGACUCUAAACCUUCCUCAUCCACAACAGACAAUCCUAGGUCAGACUCUAAACCUUCCUCAUCCACAACAGACUAUCCUAGGUCAGACUCUAAACCUUCCUCAUCCACAACAGAUAGUCCUAGGUCAGACUCUAAACCUUCCUCAUCCACAACAGAUAGUCCUAGGUCAGACUCUAAACCUUCCUCAUCCACAACAGACAAUCCUAGAUCAGGCUCUAAACCUUCCUCAUCCACAACAGACUAUCCUAGAUCAGGCUCUAAACCUUCCUCAUCCACAACAGACUAUCCUAGGUCAGACUCUAAACCUUCCUCAUCCACAACAGAUAGUCCUAGGUCAGACUCUAAACCUUCCUCAUCCACAACAGAUAGUCCUAGGUCAGACUCUAAACCUUCCUCAUCCACAACAGAUAGUCCUAGGUCAGACUCUUAACCUGC